UUUGAAUUUUUUAUAGAAUGAAUAAUGGUAGUAAAUAUCAUUUCGGCCCUUCCAGCUCUUCUCUCCUCCUCGUCUUCCUUCGCUCUCUUUAGUCCUCCCCCCGGCUCUUCGCUCGGUCCUCCGGCGGCGGAGCUCUAGGGUUUGUGUCCGGAUCCGAGCUGGAAUUCCGGGCUCUCUCCCCCGAUCGGAGGGGCUUCACGGCUGUCCGGAGUUUGGCGGUUGUUUCCCCGUCCGUUCCACGAGAAUAAGAAAGAGCCGCCGAAGGCACAAAGUCUUCAGUUUUCCCCCUCCUCCUCGCUCUCGGAAAUACUGCACUCGAUCGAGUGGAAAACGUUUAGUUCUCGCGGAUUACGGUACGGAGGGGGUUUCCUGCAGAGAAAAGAUGCAGUUUUUACCACCUUUUCCGCUUGGGGCUUGUUGUCUAGGCGUUCGUGCUUCGAAGGGGUUUCUUUAGCCAAGGCCUCAGCCUCUGCUUCGGGGUCGCAGAGAUUGGAGCUUUUUUUUUUUUUUUCUGUGGAGGCGAUGAAAGCUGAAUUGCGAAAGUGGAAGAUAGAUCUUUUUAUUUGCCUCUCAUAGAGGGGUGACAGAGUCUUUUUAAAAUACUUACCGUGUGAGAGAGAGGUGAGGCUGGGUUGGGUUCUGGGGAUCUGAGCUGUCCCGGAGGAAGGAACAGAGCCUGGUCGAAGAAGAAAGAAACGAAGAAGGAGGUAAAAAUAUUUUAAAGGGUAUCAUGCCUCGAAAUGUCUCUAUUCUGAGGUUUCUCCGAUGGAGAGAUUGGGUGUUAUAGGGAUUUGAGCUAUUCAGGAGAAAAGAAGGGAACCCUCCGGUCGAAAGAAAGAAGGCGGUGGGAAAAAAAAAGUUUUUUUUUUACCGUUCCAAGGGAAAGGGCCUGUUCUAUUAAAAAUCUUCUUCCCUUUGGAGAGGUUCGAGUUCUGGCGACGGGAGCCAUUUUGGAGAAAGCAAGAGAGUCCUGCCCAAAAAAAAUUGUAGAAACAAGAUUAUCUGACCAGCUAAGUCUCCAGAACAUGAAGAACUGCUUGUGACACCAAUGGAUCCCCAAGCAUUUGUCAGACUGUCAAUUGGGUCUCUGGGACUGAGAAUCCCAGUGGAAGCUUCAAAGGCUCUGCGAGGGGUAACCCAUUCAUCUUCUCAAUGCUUGUGUGAGAUCCGACUCCGAGGCUUCCCUGUUCAGACAGCAUCAGUCCCUUUAAUAUCCACCCCUGAAGCCAGUCCUGAUCCGCACGGCAAUGAUACAGUUUUUUAUCUUGAAAAGUCUGAUGUCAAGGCAUUGAUGGCCCCAGGAUGUUUCCAACCACCUCAAGCAUACCUUGAAAUCGUGGUCUUCAUGGGGAGGCAAGGGUCCCAUUGUGGUGUCACUGGCAGGAAGCAGCAGAUCGGGACAUUCAGGGUGGUGGUAGGGCCUGAGUGGGGUGAAGGGAAGUCUGCAUUGCUUCACAAUGGAUGGAUUGGGAUUGGGAAGAACAAACAAGAUGCAGGCAAACCAGGACCUGAGCUGCAUUUAAGGGUGAAGCUGGAUCCAGAUCCAAGAUAUGUUUUCCAGUUCCAAGAUGAGACCGCAUUGAGUCCACAAAUAGUGCAGCUUCAGGGAACUAUUAAGCAGCCUAUAUUCAGUUGCAAGUUUAGCAGAGACAGGCG